AUGAUGAUGAUGUCCCUCAACAGCAAGCAGCCCUUCGGCAUGGCGCACGGAGGUGGUGGCGGCGGCGGCCUCCACGAGGCCAAGUACUCGGCCCUGCACUCCGCGUCGCCGUGCACCUCGUCGGCGGCCGCCUCCGUGCCGUCGGCCAGCUCGCCCAGCAUCUCCAGCGCCGGCAGCGGGGGCGCGGGCGGGCGCAGCAGCGCGCCCAGCAGCACCACCAGCAGCAACAGCACCUCGGAGGCCCUGCGCCGCGCCUGCCUGCCCACCCCGCCGGUAGGUCGCUCCGUCGCUCCCGAGUGCGGGAAGGGUGGAAAGGGGGCAGCCCAGGCGCCGGCAUGUUUAUUUCAUGGCCAGGCAGCAAAUCAACCCCGCGCGCCUCCCGCCCUCCCCAAAGCCAGCGCAGGCUUCCAAGGGGCUGCCAUGAAUUUUUACGACCUGCGAUGCUGCUGCCGAGCCGGGCUGGGAGGAGGGGGGGAAGCGUCAGAAAGAGAGAGAGAGUUAGAGUUGCCUGACUGCCCCCCUGCUUCUUUCCCCUUCUUUCUGCCCUCCUUGCUUUCCCACUUUCUCUUUCCUUCUUUCCUCCCUCUUCCUCUUCUCUGCCUCUCUCCCUCCCUUUUUCUAUACAUUUCUUUUCCCAUUUUUCUCUCUCUUUCCAGCUCUCUCUUUCCCCCUAUUUCUAUCUCUCUUCUCUCCUCCUUUUCUCUUUUCAUCCCUCUCUCUCCUCAUUUCCCUCUCUCUCUCUCUCUCUCUGAGCAGGGCUGGGCUGCCUCGGAUGGCACCCCGAGGAGCAAGGAGGCGAAUUCCCUCUUGGCAGCAGUAAUGUGUGCCUUCUAUUUGCAAUUGCAGAGCAACAUCUUCGGCGGUCUGGACGAGAGCCUGCUGGCCCGCGCGGAAGCCCUGGCUGCGGUGGACAUCGUCUCUCCCGGCAAGAGCCACCACCACCACCCGCCGCACCACAGCCCCUUCAAGCCCGACGCCACCUACCACACCAUGAACACCAUCCCGUGCACGUCGGCCGCCUCCUCCUCCUCGGUGCCCAUCUCCCACCCCUCUGCCCUGUCCGGGAGCCACCACCACCACCAUCACCACCACCACCACCACCAACCCCACCAGGCGCUGGAAGGGGAGCUUUUGGAACACAUCACGCCGGGGCUGGCGCUGGGUGCCAUGACGGGCCCCGACGGCUCGGUGGUCUCCACGCCGGGCCACGCUCCCCACAUGGCCAGCAUGAACCCCAUGCACCAGGCGGCUCUCAGCAUGGCCCACGCUCACGGGCUGCCCUCGCACAUGGGCUGCAUGAGCGACGUGGACGCGGACCCGCGGGACUUGGAAGCCUUCGCCGAGCGGUUCAAGCAGAGGAGGAUCAAGCUGGGGGUGACUCAAGCGGAUGUGGGCUCGGCCCUGGCCAACCUCAAGAUCCCCGGGGUGGGAUCCCUAAGCCAAAGCACCAUCUGCAGGUUUGAGUCGCUCACCUUGUCCCAUAACAACAUGAUUGCCCUCAAGCCCAUCCUACAAGCCUGGCUGGAAGAGGCGGAGAAAUCGCACCGGGAGAAGCUCACCAAGCCGGAGCUCUUCAACGGCGCAGAGAAGAAGAGGAAACGCACUUCCAUCGCGGCUCCGGAAAAGAGGUCCCUGGAAGCCUACUUCGCCAUCCAGCCGCGUCCUUCCUCGGAAAAAAUAGCGGCCAUCGCGGAGAAACUGGACCUCAAGAAGAACGUGGUUCGGGUCUGGUUCUGUAACCAGAGACAGAAACAGAAACGGAUGAAAUAUUCCGCUGGGAUUUAG